UAAAUUUUGUGAGAUCAAGGCUAUGUCGAAAUUCAGAACUAUUCUCAAUAUUCCUGUCUAUUCCUGAUGGUUUAUCAUUAAUUUAUCCAAUAUUUACUACAAUGGCACUGACUGUGGAACUGUUAUGUGUGUGGAUACUUGUGUUUAUCUAUGAACAACGAGUACUUGGAUUUAAAAGAGAUCGUGAUAGAUGUCCUGAAGUGAUCCGAAAUCGACCUGAUCCUGUAUCUUUAUUAGAUGAUAUGUGUUAUAUGUAUGUUGGAGAGGAGAAAUACUGGGAUCAAGCUAGGGACUAUUGUUGGAACCUAGGCGGUGAAUUAGUAUCAAUAGAAAAUAAAAAAACAAUGAAUCAUAUCAUGGCUAAAUUUUUAAACGUAAAUGGUGGAACACAUUCUAAAAAUGGUGUUUGGAUUGGUGCAAAAUAUAAUGACAAUACAAAAGUAUGGCGAUGGACCACAGGUAAAAAGUUGCAUUAUGGUUAUUGGGCGAGUGGUCAGCCUAGUCAAAGUGUAAUUGGGAUUUCAUUUGAAGAUUGUGGGAUAAUGAGAAGAAGUGAUGGAUGGAGAUGGCAUGACUAUCCUUGUCAUUUAAUGAGAUAUACUUACGAUUUUAUCUGUCAGUUCCCUAUUGCUGGUGGAGAAGGAGUUGUACAACCUGAACAACAUAUAGCAUCAGAUACAGUUGAUAAUGGCAACACUAUGAUAUUAGGUAUUAUUAUUGGAACUGGAAUAUUUAUUUUGUUAUUGGUAAUAUUGACCUUCCUCAUCUACAGACAUCUACAAAAGAAGAAAUAUUCUAGAGAAAUACCAGCAUCUAAUUAUGGUAAUGAAAAUUACGUAGAUACCAAUAACUAUAACAACAGUCAUUCUACUGCUGUUUUCCAUAAUAGACCUCGUAAUGAUAGUGAUGUGUAUUUAACACCAGCAGAAGUGAACACUUUAUAUGAAGAAGUGAACAAACCUGCCAAUCAUAUGAUCAUCAAUCCUAACCAUGUUACAUGUCCAUUAAUAGUCAAUGUACCAAAUCAAAAUAGAAACAAUGUACGCCAGGCAGGUAAAGGUUCUAGUGCAGAAUCAGUUGUUAUUAGUGGAGCUAGCUCUCAAGCUGAUACUCCUGUUAUCCCUCCAUUACCUAGCACCAGUACCAUACCAUCUAUUAUGGAAACAUCCACCAGAAGUGUCAAUGAAUAUGUCGAUAUGGCUUCAGGUGUGGCCAUACCACCUUUACCAGAUGCUGACCAAGUUGCAUCUAAUGUGAACUCUCUAAAAAAUCAGAAAGGAUCUGACACAAAUGGUUGUGCAAAACGAUCAGCAGGGUCUCCUGUAUAUAGUAAUGUUGAUAGUAUUACAAGUACACACAAAGAUUCUACUGGAAUCUACGAAGAUAUUCCAUGA